CAAAAAAUCUGAAAACCGCAACGGAAACGCGUCCAACAGCAUAAAACGGUGCCGAAUUAAACCAAAAAAAUGUCACGAAAAUUCACUAAAAAAAGUAGAAAAAGAGCGUCACGUGCUUCUCUCAAGUUGGCGAAUGAGCAGAAAGCCAAGAAAUACGCAAAUAGUACUGUGCCAAUGGAACCCGACACUGAUUCUGGAUCGCCUUUUUCGAAUAGAUAUGCUUCUAACCGAUCUUCACAAGUGAAACCUAUUCGAAGUGAUCCUCCAGAUUCAGAAGACUUGCGCUCGAAGGAACAUCAGGUCUUCAUGUUUCAUCUGAACCAGGAUACGAUGUUCCAGAAGAAAAUCCAAAAAAAUAUGCCAAGCUGUAGUGAUGAUGUGGCUAAUACUCUUGUCUCGUCGUUUAUGCCAGAAAUUGGCUCGAUACUACAACAAGGAGCUCAUCUAGGAGAUAAUGGAACACGAAGACGAGUACAAAUCAGAUUUGUACGAAAAAAUAUUUCACAGGAGAAGCCAAAUAAUUGAAUGUACAGACGGGUUUUAAAAAUUCAAUUUUUUUGUUGAUUUAAUUUUGUUGAUUAAUUUGUUUAAUUUUUUGAUUAAUAAAUUUGUAGUUGAUUUUAGUUAAAGGUAAAUA